GUGAUUGAGACUCAUCCCAGGUGCAGGACUGGAGCAGUUACUUUAGCUUUUAGCUUCGCUGCAGAAUAAUGUGACAUGCAUAGAUACUGGGUCGCGUGCACCAAGUAGCUAGAACCGUUAGCCAGCUAGUUUGCUAAAAACAAAUAAACUACACAACUAUAGCGUUUGGCUAUACAUGAUAGCACUUAUUCCUAAACAAAUACAGCUGUUUCUCAAAUGAUUAUCGGACAAAUUCGAAAAAAAACAGCUUCCAGACGUAUAAGUUAAACAUUUAACUCGGGUUAGACAGAUAGCUAGUCUACUACCGUUAGCUUAAGGAUAAGAGUUAUGUCGCAUUGCAGGUAAUAACUUAAGGUUAAUUUAUUCAGAGUGAAUAUGGACGUCGCAGAUUUACUAAAACAGACCAUUUAAGUUCGCAAAAUAUCCGACAUCAUACCUGUGCGCGCUGGUCUCCAGUCUACAGCGAGUUAAUGGUCUCAACAUCCUUCUCCAUGUCUCUGGAGCGGUCUCCUAUUGCUCGCCCUCUAGCGGGCAAGGCGCGAAUCAACAACGCCUGCGUGUUGUUAGGCUUCAGGUCUACAGGAGUCACCUCACAUGACUUUGGUACACUACUAGGAGGAAAUCUCAAGAUCCUCAAGAAUAUUAUCCUUCAGGAUGGUGCAGAAUUCACAAAAGUGUGGGCCAAAUCCUCCAAAACCGUCAUUUCUUAUGAAAGCGGAAGGAUAUAUUUUGAGAAUUACAGGUGCUCCUACACCAGCUUAACACCUCAACCACAGCUCUUGUAUGAGAUGCCAGUGCGACCCAAAGCUGAGAAAAUUGAGGAUUCUUUAUUAUGCCAGUGUCCACUUGAAAAGAUGCUUCCACAGGCUUUGGAGCAGAAGCCCAGUCUUAUAGCCCUAACAGCUAAUAAUUGGUUGUAUCAACUCUCAGCUGACACAGGACAAACACUGCGCAAAGUCUACCUCUCAUCUCAUGUCAAGUUCAGAUCACUGGGAUGGGAUGUCUCUCAGGAAACAUUUUAUGUCAAAUCCAUCCAGCAUAAACAGACACCACUAGCACGACAGGCUGGUGUUGAGAACAAUGUCCUCAUGCAUUUAACCAUAUUUAAAGUCUUUCCUCUUGAUGUUAUUGGACUGAUGGAGAUCAACAAAAAAGUCUUUGGUAAAUCAGUAGUUGAUGUUCUCCUCUCUCAAGGAGUGUUGGCUGUGUCCCACAGCACAAAAUGUGUAAAGCUUUAUAGCUUUGAAGACAUUGUAAAAAAGUUCAGAACCAAGAAGCUGAUACUAGGACAGGAGUGCGAUUUAUAUGGUGCUAGUGGAAUAGUGGGAGACGCUCCCUAUGGCAUUCCUGUCAACAUUCACAUCAAUGAAUGUCCUCCCGCAUUGUUCGAGAUGUCGUACUUGGAUAAUGGGAUCCAGAUUGGAGGCCACCCAUGGCACUACAUCUACACACCCAACCAUAAGAGCCACAGGGGGACGCACCACAUAUGCUCCAUCAGUGAUGGUGCCCUGGCAAAGAAUGGUGUGCAGGAUAUGAAGUGCGACUCACUGGAGGCAGACUGGAUCUUCUUCCACCCGGAUGACUCGAGGAGGAUUAUCCAUGCUGGGCCCAGUACCAUUAAUGUGCUGAAAAUCAAAGCAGAAAACGAUGUCGAUUCCAAGUAUGAGGUGGUCUGCGACUUUUCUAUUAAAGCAUCCCGAGAAAACAGUGAAUCUUCCCAAGUGACAGUGACCUCCUCUGGCCGAAUUGUAAAGAAAAGAUUUCAGCAGCUGGAAGAUGAUCCUGAGCAGGAGACAUUUAAGAUGGUUAAAUAUGAGGACGAGCUGGACUUGUUAGCCAUUGUGGAGGUUAGUCACACGGAAGAUGAGGGACAAGCCAGUGUUCGCCUCCACCACAAUAAAAGUGGAGCACUGUUAAAAAGAAUUGCCCUUGAGGAACCAUGGGAUGUGACCUACAGUCAUGAAGUCUACUUCGACAGGGACACAAUCAUUCACAUUAAACAAGAGAGGAACAACAGCUACUGUUGCCAUGUUUAUAAGAUAAAACGAAGGACAAACUGAGGACAGUGUGAACACGUGAACACUUGAACACAGAAUACACAGCUUGCAUUUAACUACCCAACUAUAAAAAUAUUGAUUAUAGAAUUGGUUGGAUUUUUUUGUCUUUUCUUACAGCUUUUCCCCAGGGCAAGUAUGUUAAAUAAAAUAAUAAUUUGUGGUGACUUUAAA